AUGGCUCCAUCAAUUGAGGUGAACCACCUCUCCUACAAAUUCCAGGAUGGCUCCGAGGGGCUCAAAGAUGUAAUACUCAGCCUUCCUGCGGGGAGCAGAACGCUGCUCAUUGGAGCAAACGGUGCCGGCAAGACAACAUUACUUCGUCUCUUGUCGGGCAAAAGACUAGCCCCCAGCAACACAAUCGCUAUCGGGGGCAAAGACCCGUUUAAAGACGGGCUCGAAGGCGUCACCUAUCUCGGUAUGGAAUGGGUUCUCAACCAUAUUGUGCGCACAGAUAUCGACGUGCCCACACUCCUCGCCUCGGUCGGCGGCGACGCCUAUCCGGAGCGACGAGAUGAACUAGUCGAUCUUCUCGACAUCGACCUCAGCUGGAGAAUGCAUGCGGUUUCGGACGGGGAACGGAGACGCGUGCAACUAGCCAUGGGUCUGCUGAGACCAUGGCAGAUUUUGCUUCUGGACGAAAUCACUGUCGAUCUGGAUCUGUUGUCGCGGAGUAAUUUCUUGUCAUUCCUGAAACGCGAGACGGAGAGUAGACAGUGCACGAUUGUUUAUGCAACUCAUAUAUUGGAUAAUCUGUCGCAGUGGCCUACGCAUCUGGUGCAUAUGCACUUGGGUCAGGUGAAGCAAUGGGGUCCCAUGGAAAGCUUCAGCGAAGAGGUUCCCAAUAGAUCGGCUGAAAAUAGUCUACUUGGAGACUUGGUCCUUCACUGGUUGAAACAAGACCUGCAGGCUCGAGGGCCGAGGAAUCCAAAGUCCGGACAGGGGAAGACAUAUCCUAAUUCUGAGGCCAUUGGAGGUUACGGCUUAGAGAAGAGACCCUCGAAGUGA